AUGCGUGCGAGCUCAGAUCGCUGCCUGUGUGUUGCUGCAGAUAUCCGCGAGCUGAUCGAAGUGGAUGAUGUGAUGGAGGAUGAGUCGUUGAGGUUUGGCCCUAAUGGAGGAUUGGUGUUUUGCAUGGAAUACUUCGCCAAUAACUUUAACUGGCUGGAGGAAAGCCUUGGGCACAUGGAGGAUGAUUAUAUCCUGUUUGAUUGCCCAGGUCAGAUCGAGCUCUACACACACCUCCCAGUGAUGAAACAGCUGGUGGAGCAGCUGCAGCAGUGGGAAUUCCGUGUCUGUGGAGUUUUUCUUGUGGAUUCUCAGUUUAUGGUGGAAUCUUUUAAGUUCAUCUCUGGAAUUCUGGCAGCUCUCAGUGCAAUGGUCUCUUUAGAGAUUCCACAGAUUAACAUCAUGACCAAAAUGGAUUUGCUGAGCAAGAAAGCCAAGAAGGAAAUAGAAAAAUACUUGGAUCCAGAUAUGUAUUCUAUGAUUGAAGAUUCUGCAAAUAUCUUGAGAAGCAAAAGGUUUAAAAAACUGACUAAGUCUAUAUGUGGCUUGAUUGAUGACUAUGGAAUGGUUCGAUUUCUGCCUUUCGAUCGCUCUGAUGAAGAAAGUGUAAACAUAGUCCUGCAGCACAUAGACUCCUCCAUCCAGUAUGGAGAAGAUCUGGAAUUCAAAGAGCCAAAGGAAUAUGAAGAAGAUAAAUCUGCUCUUGUGGAUGAGUAUUUCCAAGACCAUGUAGAUGAGUAAAAAAAACAUGUUCAUAAAUGUGAGGAAAUACUUUGCUUAUGAUAAAAAAUAAAAACUAAAAAAUCCUCUAACCGUUUUUUGUGUAAGAUAACUAAUAUUUAUGGUGAAGUUUAUGACCACAUAACUAUUUUAAUAAACAUUUUUUAUU